CGUGACAUGGCGGGAGCCGUGGGUGGGGGCGGGCGCGCAUUAAGGCAGAGGUGGCAGUGGGGCUGCUGACCUAUCACGCAUCUCCCGGCCCUGACCCGCCGGCAUGGAGCCCUCACAGGUCGCCAUCAUCGGCAGUGGACUCAUUGGUCGCAGCUGGGCCAUGGUGUUUGCUGCUGGAGGCUUCAAAGUGAAACUUUAUGAUAUUGCACAGCAACAGCUAAUGAGUGCACUGGAAAACAUUCGUAAACAAACAAAGCAGCUGGAGGAGUCGGGAUUCCUGAAAGGAGCUUUGAGUGCGGAGCAGCAGUUGGCUCUCAUUAGCAUCUGUACAGACCUGAAGGCAGCAGUAGAGGGUGCUACUUUCAUUCAGGAAUGUACUCCCGAGAACCUGGAACUGAAAAAGAAGAUUUUUGGUCAGUUAGAUCUUAUUGUUGGUGACAAUGUUAUUUUGAGCAGCUCGACAUCUUGUCUCUUACCCAGCAAAUUGUUCACUGGCCUUAAACACGUUAAGCAGUGUAUUGUGUCACAUCCUGUAAAUCCACCUUACUUUGUGCCAUUGGUUGAAAUUGUUCCUCACCCAGAAACAGAUGCUUCUACUACAGAGAGAACAUAUGCCCUGAUGAAGAAGAUUGGUCAAUCUCCUGUCAAACUAAACAGAGAAAUUGAGGGGUUUGUUCUGAACCGGCUCCAGUAUGCAGUGAUAAGUGAAGCCUGGAGACUUGUGGGUGAAGGAGUAAUAUCUCCUACUGAUCUAGACCUUGUGAUGUCUGAUGGAUUGGGAAUGCGAUAUGCAUUUAUUGGACCUCUGGAAACCAUGCAUCUUAACGCAGAAGGUAUUUCAAAUUAUUGUGACAGAUACCGUGAAGGUAUGAGACUUGUUCUGAACACCUUUGGACCAAUUCCAGAAUUUUCAGGUGAAAUUGAGCAGAAAAUCAGUCAGGCAAUGUCUGAAAAAAUUCCAGUUGUUCCAAAAGUCCUGGAUGCCAGGAGAAAAUGGAGAGAUGAAUGUCUCUCUGGUCUUGCCAGACUGAAAAAACAAAUGAAAUCUGACUGAGGUGCACCUUGUCUAACAGGAGAGAUCAAAUGAAGAGCAGAUCUUCAUAAAAAGUGGAAAUUUUUGGUCACGCAGAAGACGACUGUGCAACCAAAGAUAUGCACAAAUGUAGAGACCAAUGAAACAUUUGGUUCAAAUUUGUCGUGAUGUAAUUCAUGAAUAACUGGAAACAGUUACUAAAAAGUUCAGUUAAAAUUUAUCAAAUAAUUAUAUCUAAGCAUUAGAUGUGUAAGCAUUAAGUAGCUUUAGCAAUAUUAAUAUUGUGCAAUGCUGGAACACAAUCAUGUUUUAAAUAAUGCUUUUUUCAGCUUCCUUAGGAAUUCAGCACUUGAACAAUAUUUGCUUAUGCAGGGAUCUGAAAUAGGCAAACAUCAGCUGUUUGUCACUGGAGAAAAUAAGCCCUCACCCGCCAAUCACUGUGACAGCAAGGUUAAUUUGUAAAGCACUGACUGUAGAUAGGAGAAUAUUGUGUUGAGCAAAGAGUAGAUUCACUGGCUGGUGAGCUGAGACCUCAACAGCAGUAAGGGUCAUUUCAACUUAGCUCCAUAACUGUUCCACAAUGUAGGGGAAAGAAUUACUCCUUUCCCUCCCUGUGGCACUUCUGUACCUCUAUGGUGAUCCAAGUGAGAGUAAAUAGAGCACAAUUCCCCCCUCAUCCCCUACCCCUGGUUCUGUAAGACUUACCAGAGACCUACUUGGUCUUUAAGACCAUGCACUUCAUACCCCAUGGCUUUGCCCCAGCUUAAGUCAGAUGUUUGAUGCUGGCCGUUGGCAUUGCUGCAUAAAUGUGUGCUCCGUUUUAAGACUUGCCUAUGAGAAACAGGAGACUUUGAUUUAAUAGCCAGUUUGGGAGACAGCAUGGUGUAGUGGAUCAGUCUGGACUUUCUCCCAAGCUACUCCACGAUCAUGUGAGUGACCUCAGGAAGGGAGUUCACCUCUCUGUUGCCAUGUCUAUUUUGUACAUUAUCUGAAGCAAGGAGUGCUUCUUUAGGAGUCAUCUGUACUGCAUUUAACAGCUGUAGCUGAAGGGACCCCAGAGGGAAAGGCACAGUGGCUUAGAUGUAGCAUGUAUGCUUUACUGCUGCCCUUCCUACAGGAGACACAACAUCUCCUCCACAUCAUACAAGGACACAGUAUACACCUGGAAGCAGUAAUAUCCUCAGUUGCUGCAGUGGCGUGUUUUGGUUCACAGCAGACAAAGUGUUAUUAUGAAUGUGUGUACCCUGUAAUAUAGUUGGUCUUUGAUCUUGGCUGGAACCUUGGGGCAGUAUCGUUAUGCAGAUAGUAAGAAUAACUUGGACAGUGCCUCGCACCCACACAGCUUGGGUUAAGCAUUUCUGAAUUUGUGCUAACUGGUCAUGUAGCUUCAGUCACAGCACAGAUGCAGAAGUGUUAAGGUGUCACUUUGCUAAUGCUCAGCUCAGGGGCUUUUCAAAUCUUGUUUGUUACAGAGGGUGCAGCACACAAGUUACUGAAACUUAAUGAGUUGCCAUUUUGAGCUGAACAGCAGAAAUGUCUGCGUGAACUUACCAAUACCACUUAUUUCUGCUUAGGUGUAAAAGAGACAUAAAAUAUCCACAAACUCCACAAACAUGUUGUGGAGUCUCCUUCCCUGGAGACAUUCAAAAUCCACCUGGAUGCAUUCUUGUGCCCCCUGCUCUGGGUGUCCCUGCUCAAGCCGGGGGGUUGGACAAGAUGAUCUGCAGAGGUCCCUUCCAACCCCUACUGUUCUGUGAUUCUGUGAUUCUGUAAAUUGUAUUGCUUGACAUAAGUGGUGCACAAAGAACACAUCCCUGGGUGUGAAGCAUGGGAUGGGAGGCAUAAUACUGAGGUUGUCCUGUGCUCCUUUAUAAUCAGUGGAGAGAAAGGGAAAUUUGUAAGCUCAAUUUAUAUUAUCCCGAUAUAGACUUAAAAUUGUAAGGUUUCUUCUAUUGCUUUUUAUUGGCACAGUGACUGGCUCAACCUGCAUUUAGACAUCUGAAGUUGGGGAGGUCAAUCCUCACUCCUGAUGCCUUAUUAAGCAACAGUAAAUUAAUUAUGGUGCUGAUUUCCUCAUUUUAUGUAUUUUUUUGUAUGUCAGGUGAGGCCUCAGAGGGUUCCAGUUACUUUCAAGAUUAGACCUGUUUUUCUAUGAGCAUAUGACAUUGUCAUAACUAAUUGCUUCUGUUUAUUCUGAGAUUUUUUUUAAAACUUGAUCAUGUCAUCAAAUAUUUGCCUCCAUCUUUAUUAUUUGCUUAUGAAUAAAAUAUUUUAAUGAGGAAGGUUUUAA